AUGAUCUCAGUCACUAGAUACCGCUUACACCAAUUGAUCCCAGCUCAACUGUCUUUGUUUCACGCCAUUCGGACUUUCCUCGUUUUUAUAUGCUGCUCCUGUGAAGAUACCAAGAAACGAUGCUUGAGCUGCGUUUCUCGCGCAUUUCAUGAUCUUAAGAUACAUAAGAACCAUCUCGAGUCUCUCGCCGAUUCUGAAACCAUCCUCUUGCAACGUUACGUUACAACCUCGUGCCUUAUGAUGGGCUUCAACUGUCUAGGUGCAGUCGGCAUUGAAUCCUAUCGUAACAACUUUUGUGAAUGCGUUCUAUAUGGCAGCAAUCGCAAGGACGUGAGAUUGGACGAUAUUGCUAGUACCCGUUUCGGGAAAGACGCUAUGGAGCAUUUCGCCAGCCUUGGAGAGCCGUUGCUGGAAGAAAUCUCUCGGAGACGGGACUUGAGAGAUGACCGGAUAUUGCAAGAUCUUACAGACAGAUAUCAAGAUUUGGAAACUCGUUUCAGGGCCGCUGUUGACAGCCUCGGACACAAAGAUGUUUUCGUAUCGCAAGAAAUCAUCACGAGAGCGUAUCGGCUUGAACUCGGCGUGACAGCCACUGCCGACUAA